AUACUAGCCAUGGUUGUAACACAUGAGCAUGAGGUACCUAGUGGAUGGCCACUUGGACUUGAAAACAUGAACACAAGGCUUAGAGUAGCUGAGAGAUCUCAGGCUGUAACAGCUGCAGCAGCAUACCGUUUACACGUAUCUUCGCCUAGUUUCUCAUCUUUUUCAUCCUCCAGCCUUGACACUGAGUCUACAAUGUCUUUUUUCCAAGAUCAAAGUGUUUCUCUAGGCCGACUUAUCGGUAUUAAACCAGGAAGCAGAGGAAGAUUGGAGUUUUCAAACAGAGUUCAUAAUGAGAAUGUUUGUGUUAGAAGAUCAGAGGCAGAGGAUUACAAGGGACAACAAGGAGAUAAUAUGUCACACAAACUUUGUGUUCCAUUGCUACAUAAUGUGUUAGAGAAGAUGAGUCGUAGUAAAAGUAAUUCACACUCACAUAAAAACUGAUUUUUUCCACAAAUUGAUUGUGACACUAGUGAUGUUGCUUUGUCACUUCUGUUUUUCUUCUUUGUAUUUUGAUAAUAAAAUAACACAAAACUGAU